AUGGUAGUCAUCCGCUAAUCUAACCUGUAUUUUUUUGCUUUAAUCCUUACCUACCCCACUUGUCAAUUGUUUAGCAAGCUGUCAGUGCAGUUGUAUGGAAAAAUCUAAUUACAAGGAAAAUGCUCUUAAAUAAUGCUGGUAUUCAAAUACGAUAAACAAGUGUUCCUGUUCACAAUACGCAGAAGACGGCUAUGCGUAGCCACGCUCAUAGUGUGCGGUAUAUUCAUUUCUUACCAAUUUCUGAUUCACUAUUUUUUAUCAAAUCAAAAGCCCAAAAGCAGGCCAGAACCAGAACUAGCCAGGAUAAGGGGUAGUCAUGUUCAAGAAGGCCUGUUUUAUGCGCCAGUGAAUGGCAAAUUCACCUGUAUCAAGAGUGGCGAAGUUAUUUCUUUUCAGCAAGUGAAUGAUAACUACUGUGACUGUGCCGAUAGUAGUGAUGAGCCAGGAACGAACGCCUGUCCUGAUGGAUUGUUCCACUGUGGAAUCAUCUCAGCGAACCCAAAGUAUCCCAAAAUGGUCCCUUCCAGUAAAGUAAACGAUGGCAUCUGCGACUGCUGCGAUGGCUCUGAAGAGUAUGAAGUACAGCAUUUACUAGGACAGCUCCAUCAAAGCAACGACCUCUUCGCUGUGUGCCCGAAUAAAUGUUAGUUUUUUAGGAAUUAGGCAUACAGUGGGUCUGUCCACACUUUUCAUAAUGAAGAAAUCGCACGCACUGCGAAAUCCUCGCUCUAGCUGAAUAAAACUCAACAAAACAUUCAACAUCUGAUGAUUUUAUUGGAAAUUAAAUUAAUUUAAAAAAAUACACGAUUUGAAUGAAUACACUUCUUAGAAAUUAGAAAACACCAUUAUGUACACUGUAUGUAAAUAACGUGAUUGGUUGUAUCGGACAAACAAUCUGAAGUACAACCUACCAAUGAAUGUAAAGUGUGAUAAGUUCAAACGCAAAGUGCGCCUUGUAGCCGCUUUUACGAAAUAGUUAUUUUGAAAAAUGCUCGUUUUCCUUGAAGAUGUUUAAGUGUCAGUCUCAUUAAAACUAAAAAUAUGCAUAGUAUUAAAAAUUAUGAUUAACUUUGUGAUAAGUAUAAUGAUCUAAGUUUGAUGAAACCUAGAAGUGAAAAUGCCUGUUGCAAGCUAAGGACACCGUAUUCGCGCGAAUAACAUUGGGAAGUUUGAAUUGGAACGUUUAAAAAGGUAUCACAUUAGUACGCUAUUAAAGUGAAAUUGGGAACA